AUGGCGGACUUCCUGCCGUCCCGCUCCCUUUUAUCUGUAUGUUUUCCCAACUGUGUCCUCACAAGCGGGGAGGCAGAACAAUUGCGGAAGUCUAAAGAGAUAGAUAAGUGUAUUCAUCGAGAUAAGACUUAUGUAAAAAGGUUAGUCAAGAUUUUAUUACUUGGGGCAGGCGAGAGCGGCAAGUCUACUUUCCUGAAGCAGAUGCGCAUUAUCCACGGGCAGGACUUCGAUCAGAAGGCCAAAGAAGAGUUCAGAGCCACGGUGUUUAGUAAUGUUAUAAAAGGUAUACGAGUGUUGGUGGACGCUCGACAGAAGCUACGCAUCCCAUGGGGCAACCCGUCUAACCAGCGGCACGGCGACACCAUGAUGGCGUUUGACACCCGGUCGCUGAUGGCCCACGGUCACGGCAUGGUUGAGCCCAAAGUCUUCCUGCACUACCUGCCAUCUAUCCGGGCCCUGUGGGCUGACCAGGGCAUCCAGAACGCAUACGACCGCCGCCGGGAGUUCCAGCUGGGCGAGUCAGUCAAGUAUUUCCUGGACAAUUUGGAAAAGCUUGGAAAGUCGGAUUACCUCCCCAGCCAGCAGGACAUCCUCCUGGCCAGAAAGCCCACUAAAGGCAUCCACGAGUACGACUUUGAGAUCAAGAACGUGCCCUUCAAGAUGGUGGACGUGGGGGGGCAGCGCUCUGAGAGGCGGCGCUGGUUCGAAUGCUUUGACUCGGUCACCUCCAUCCUCUUCCUCGUUUCCUCCUCUGAAUAUGACCAGGUGCUGAUGGAGGACCGGCAGACCAACCGGCUGAGCGAGUCGCUCAACAUCUUCGAGACCAUCGUCAACAACCGGGUGUUCAGCAACGUCUCCAUCAUCCUCUUCCUCAACAAGACGGACCUGCUGGAGGAGAAGGUGAAGCAGGUGUCCAUCAAAGACUACUUCCCUGAGUUCUCGGGCGAGCCCUCCAGCCUGGCAGACGUCCAGCGCUUCCUGGUGGAGUGCUUUCGUAAAAAGCGCCGUGAGAACCAACAGAAGCCGCUGUACCACCACUUCACCACAGCCAUCAACACGGAGAACAUCCGGCUGGUGUUCCGCGACGUCAAGGACACCAUCCUGCACGACAACAUCAAGCUGCUGAUGCUGCAGUGAGGGGGGGAGCGGGGGGGAGCAGGGAUAGGUGGAGGCAGAAGGAAAGCGGGUGUCCUGCAGGGAGCAGGCAGCCUCUCUCCACCCGUCCGUCCUCCCUCCCUGAUGUGAGCGGCUCCUCUCUCUAGAACUUUGACUGUGUAUUAAAGCCACCACUACUACAGCCAUUCCCCCCCACACUUCUCUGCCUUACUGAGCUGCUUCACUAAGACUUAUAACAGCCACCUUUGGCUCAGAGGCGCCCCCCCUAGCCUUGAAACCACUGUAAAUGACCUCCAGCCCCCGUCCACAGUGAAUCUGCACCCUGUAUGAUGUGUCCUCACUAUGUGUUGCUUUAAUUCACCCCACACUCCUCUCUGUGCUGCUCUGACCACUGUUGCCGGGGGGGGGGGGGGGGGGGGGGGUUAAUCACUGUUACUGAGAAGCUGUUACCAGGUGUUGCCUUCCUGUUCAGAAGUUCCUUGGUUCCGUCUCCUGUUUUACAUCUGCGUUCCACUGGCGCUUGAUGACAUCACUGUGGGGAUUUCCUUUUUGGGCAGUUGAACUAACACACACACACACACACACACACACACACACACAGACAGAUAGGAAUAACCGUUCCAAAGUCCAGUUAAUUCUAGUUUUUUCUAAUCAUUUGUUUAUUUUCUAAUAUAUGAAUAUACUGUUUGUACCUAUGCAUUUUUCUUUAACUUAUAUUUUAAAGGGGUUGACACUUUUUUUCUGAUGGACUCUGUUACAGCUAACUGGAUCCAUAUACCACUUGUAAAGUUAAACAGCGUGCUAUAAGGGGAGCUAGUGCAGGGGUGAUAGUGACACGUUGUAUUUUGCAGUUUCUCAGGGCACAUUGUUAACACCACCUGUCUGGUUUAAGCGAACCAGCACCCCCACUCGGUUCCACUAUUCUUCUGAAGCUGAACUCUGGCCAUCUCCAACCAGGACCACCCUUUAGCAGCAGGGGCUGCACUAACAUAGAAACUGAGUCAUUUUACCCUUUUAUCACGUGAGCUAUACCUACAUACAUUUGGAUAUUGAAACAUCUUGUGAUAUUUCCAUUCUGCCCAUAUCAGGAUUGAAUCUCAAUACUCAAACUAGCUGUUUUUAAGGGUUAAAGCAUGUGAUGCAACUCCCAACCAAAUGUGUGAGAGAGUAGCCCGCCCCCAGGCCCUGCACAGAGCGGUGUGGCACCAGAGGACCUUUCUGUUUCUUCCUAUGCAAAUACCAUGAUCCAGAUACUUGGCACGUGAAUUUCAAAGGGAAUGAAGUCAAUUUCUUCUAUUGAACAUAUUUUUAUGGCAACCAUCUUGUGUGGAAAAAGAUCGUACCCAAAGUUCCCAUAGGAAAUGUGAAAGCUGUCGAUUAAAAGUUUCCCUGUUGAUUUCA